CAUGCAAAUGAAUCUUGCUCCCUCCCUGGCUUGCAUUACUGCCUCAGCGAGGUGCUCAGUGCACACUACACAGUACACGGCUUUCCUAGCAACUCAGCUUUACAUUUUUCUCUGCUCAGACACUUUGCUGAGGAGAGGAAAAGCCACAGACUGGAGAGGAAUAGGGAAAGAGGCAGAUCAGAAGAAAAAAAUGCUGUACUUGGCCAUCUUCUCUUAAAACUGUUAGUGUUUGGAGUGGACACAGAUUGAAGCAGGCACCGGGAGAGUGGCAGCCCUGCAGAGAGAGUGUGCAGUUUGUGUUAUUGCUCUACAGUGAGAGUGGUUUAUCAGAGGAGGAGGCAGAGGAAGGAAGAGAGUUGCCUGUUGUCGUGGUCUCUCCCCUGAGUGGCUGAGGGGUGGCUCUUGGUGACAGGAAACGCAAGGCUUGCAAUGAGACCUGAGCGCUGAGUGGAGUAUGCUGCAGACGAUUUACGAGGGCGAGUCAAGUUUCUCCACAACAGAAGGGCGCGUUGGACACCAGCAGUUUCCCAACCAGAGCAAGAUGCACAACGUGAACAACUCAGUGGACAUUAAACCAGAUGUGCCAUUGGCUGUGGAGUCAUUUUCUCCGUUGGACCUGCGUACAGAUCUGAGGAUGCUGGGUUCAGGCUCGGACCCGGGACUGUGGGAAAGGCAGCUGCAGCAGGAACUGCUCCUCAUUCAGAAGCAGCAGCAGAUCCAGAAGCAACUACUAAUCAGCGAGUUCCAGAAGCAGCAUGAGAAGCUGACCCGUCAGCACCAGGCUCAGCUCCAGGAGCACCUCAAGCUCCAACACGAGCUCCAGGCCAUGAAACAGCAGCAGGAACUUGCAGAAAAGGAGCGUCGUCUGGAGCGGCAGCAGCAGCAGCAGCAGCAGAACCAGCAGGAGAAGGAGCAGGAGAGGCAUCGGCGAGAGCAGCAUGUUUCCUGCCUGAUCCUCAGGGGCAAGGAGCGCUCCCGAGAGAGUCUCACAGGUGCAGUGGCAAGUACAGAGGUGAAGCAGAAACUCCAAGAGUUUCUGUUGAGCAAAUCAGCAAAGGACCCUGCCAGCAAUGGAGUCAAUCAUUCUUUCAUCCACCACCCAAAGCUGUGGUACACGUCCUCUAACCACACAUCACUGGACCAAAGCUCUCCACCUCUGGGCGGCACAUCCCCCACCUGCCAUUAUACUCUGCCAUCACCCAUAGAGAGCAAGGACGACUUCCCCUUGAGGAAGACAGCCUCUGAGCCCAACCUGAAGGUACGAUCCAGACUGAAGCAGAAGGUAGCAGAGAGGAGGAGCAGCCCGAUGCUCAAGAGAAGAGAUGGACUCAUCACAACGCCUUACAAGAAGAGGGCUCUGGAGUUAAUGGACGCUACGCCCACUAACAGUGCCCCCGGCUCCGGCCCCAGCUCUCCCAUAGGGGCCUCCAGUGCCUUAGGGGCUGAAAAUGGACCCUCCUCUCUGCCCACUACCACAAAAACUGAGAGAUGGCCCUCACAGCCGAGAUUAUUCCAACCUGAGGGCGCUGUGUCCAUGCUGAGCUUAUACACAUCUCCCUCCUUACCCAACAUCUCCUUGGGGCUUUCCACUGCAUCCUCACCCAUAAGUGCCGCCAUGGGAUUGAAGGACAGAUCGACAGAAAUCAAGCAUGGGCUGCCUGGGCACCUGCUGGGCCCUGUGCCCCUUCAGACGGGCCUUGAGUCUAAAGUGAGCCCCAGUCACCAGGCCCUCCUCCAACACCUCCUCCAGAAGGAGCAGAUGAGGCAGCAGAAGAUGCUCUCCUCUGGCCAAGGCACCAUGUCAUCCCACCCUCAGUCCCCUCUGGCAAUGAAGGAUCGCCCCUCCAGCAGUCGGCCUAAACUACCAAAACACCGGCCCUUGAACAGGACCCAGUCAGCGCCGCUGCCUCAGAACACAUUGGCCCAACUUGUCAUCCAGCAGCAACACCAGCACUUCCUGGAGAAACAGAAACAGUAUCAGCAGCAGAUCCAGAUAAAUAAGAUCAUUGACUGCAGGAUAUCAUCAUUAAUGCAGAGCCAAUGUGUUUUGCAGCUGUUGUCCAAGUCCAUUGAGCAGUUACGUCAGCCCAGUGCACACCUGCAGGAAUCGGAGGAAGAGCAGGAGGAGCAGCACAGAGAGCUGGCAGAGAGCAUGCAGGAGGACAGGCUGCCCCCUGGAGGAGUCAUCCGGAAGCACACUCUGAGCAGUAGCAGCAGCAGUGGCUCAAGCGGCGAGCUCCACGACACUCACUACGGGGUCAUCAAGGUCAAGGAGGAGCCGGCUGAUAGUGAGGAUGAGGCCCUGACCAAUCAGGGCUUAGAGUCUGAGCAGAGCACCUAUCUUCACCAGGUCAAAGGACGACUGGUAAUAAGAGCCAUGAUCUGAGAAGGGAAGAGGAUGAGAUCACACACUCGCAACAUUCGCAGAUAAACAAAUCUCUACAAACAUGUGCAUCUACAUCCCUGCAGUUUACACACACACACACACACACACACACACACACACACACACACACACACACACACACACACACACACACACACACACAGCCAUUGCACAGGUGGCCAGCUCUCCCUGUGAUGACAUAAUGACCCCUUUACACGCAGCUGCACCCCACACUCUGAGACUCUCUGUUUGUGAUCUUUGUGUAGUGAUCUCUGUAAAAUAUGUACGUUUUACUUUAGUGUAUAUAGUAUGAAGACAAUUUAGACCGUUUCUUUUAAGAGCUGCUUUGGUCGUCUAGAGUCCGCUCAACUGACUAAAAAGUUUCAACUUGUGUUCCAAUUGUGUACAUUUUUGCCAUAAAAUAUUUGAAUGCUCUUUUAUCCUCUUUAACUUUGAGAGUAAUCAUAAAGUUUGUUAAAGAAUUUAAUACACUACAUGCUCCAUUGUUCUCACAAAUCUGUGAUGAUCUUCCACGUAAAGUGGUCUCAGAACUAAAAUAAUUAUGAACAUCUGUGUUUGAGAGAAUGUAUACUUAAAUCCUAACCGAGGACGAUCCUUUAGGGCAGGUUUUUGCGCUUGGAGUGAUAUUGCCAUUGGAAUAUGGUCCACUGCUCAUAUUGCAAUUUGAAGGAUAAAACACUAAAUCCCUGCUUGGGUGUGCAGGCAUCUCCCAACACACCACAAGUCUCCAUGUCGCUCUCUCGGAGUGGUCCCAGAGCCAGGGCCCUGUGUUAAGCCCAGCUCUCCUCUUCCUCUCCCUCUGGGUCCAAAUCAAAGCUCGGCGGGUUCCUGCCCAGCUUUCAGCAGAGGAGUCAGACAGAGAGAAAGAGAGAGAGGGCCGGGCAGGAAAUGCCUUCUAGAAGCCAGGAGUUGGAGUGAUUCAUGUGUGCAGGAAUGUUGAGAGAGGAGGACCUCGGGUUGGAGGAGUCCAAGGGGCCAGGCUUGAGAAUUGAUUUACUGUCAAGGCGAAUUACAAAGUGAGUGGGGAUAUGGUUUAGGGAGUCCCUGUUAAAGGGAAUCGCUUCCUUCGUAUUCCCUUGUGGCAUGCUUACCUCAACAUGCAGGUUUGAUAUUACUUCAGUAAAAAAAAAAAAAAACGGACAGGACUUUGCUUCUUUUUAUUUUUUUGAGCCUGUUUUCCCCUGAAAGUGCCCAUUGCGACAUGUAUAGUCUGUCUUAAAGUGAUCAGUCAAAUGUAUUGCUUAGCCGUAAACCUUCCUGUUUCAUUUGUACUGUCGACUAAAUGUAGAAAAUGCUAAUAUGAGGUUCUGUGUUUGGAUUCAUGUGAAAAUCAAAACUGUCUGUCUUAUACUGUACAUUCAGAUUGUUCGGUUUUAAUGUUUUUAGUGUAAGUAAACACAGCCAGAACAAUGUGA